CUUGACAUCAACGCACGGCUAAUUUUAGGGCAGUCGUGGUUGAGUCAACAAUUGUGACAGAGCACUGCGCAAGCUCUUCUGGCUGUGGCUGGGGUGUGUAGUAUGACGUUUCUAUCGCGCUGCAUGAACCGACCGCGGUCGACGGCACCGUGGAGCGCCAUGAUGCGUACCAAGCUGUCUCUGUGUCCGUCGAGGAGCGCUGCAAAGAGUGGCAGGAGCGGAGCACGAUCCACCGACCUCGUCAUCUUUGUCGGAUUGUGGUACAUCGUGAGCCUCUUGGCUCUGUGGGCCAACAAGUUCCUCGUGACGACCGUCGAAGUCAACACGAGUGUGCUGUCAUUCAUGCAGGUCGCCAUGUCAGUGGUCUGUGGCGUGUUGGUCGAAGUACGAGGGGUGGGGACAGAAAAAUUUGCGAACGAUCUCUAUCGAGCCUUUGCUUGGCCGUCAUCGUCCAAGCAAGACGACCAGGCGCUGCCAAGAUCGCGACUCAAGGACAUGGCGACUCUGGGCUGCGUGCGCAUAAUCAACAUCGUGUUGGACUUGGUAGCGCUCAAGUACAUUUCUGUCUCCCUUGCCCAAACGAUUAAGUCGUCGGCGCCAUUCUUCACCGUCGCGCUCACGUACGCCGUGCUGGGCAAACCCACGACGUGGGCUGUGAGCCUGACCCUCGUUCCCAUUAUGCUUGGCUUGGCGUGCUGUAGCUUUUCAGCGGUCGGUGUCGUGAGUUCCAUCGGGAUCCUCGCCGCGCUCAGUGCCAAUUGCACCGAUUGCUUUCAGAACGUCGUGUCCAAGAAGCUGCUCACGUCCAACUCGUACUCAAUAACUCAGCUCCAGUUGUACUCGAGUAUUGUUGCUGCGACGCUGCAGGCGGCGCUUCACGUGGCGUUCCGCGCGGCCACCGACCCGUCCGCGGCAUCACCAUCGUCAUCACUUGGCGAUGGCCGACGCGUGUUUGUCCUGUCGUGCCUUGUGGUGAAUGGCGUGGCGUACUAUGUGCAAAGCGCCCUGGCAUACCGCGUGAUGAGUCUGCUGUCGCCAGUCUCCCACAGUGUCGUGAGUACUCUCAAGCGCGCGUUGCUCAUUAUGGUGUCCAUCUACCGAUAUGGCGAAUCCGUCACGGCGGCGAAUUAUGUCGGCAUUUCCCUCGUCCUGGGCGGCGUAUACCUGUUCAACCACGCAUCCAACCAAGGCACGACCCACGAUUUCCAAGCAGACAACAGCGCCACGACCAGCGACGGGCGCGCCGUCGUCAAACAGUCCACUACAAACCGCCAUUUGAAUGUGAUUGCUAUCGUUUGAACCAAUACGCCACAGCAUCGCUCCUAUCCCGUGUACGCUCUAGUCGCGCCAUCCGUGCAUGUCGUGGACAGUCCAAGUCGAGGAAGACAGUAGUGCGACUCAAUCAAGCUCUGUCUCUCUCUCUCGCCACGACAAUCCUCCACGUAUAGCUCGCGCAGCACAACGCCGCCGCGUUUUUGCACUGCUAACGCGGCGCCAUGCUGGAGCUGGCUGCCAACUCCCGUCGCGGCAACCCGACCCAUGAUGCUCGCCGAUUCCUGCGCGAUUUUUCGCAGUUGAGAUCGCCACGCUUCUUUGUGAUGGAAAGCUUGCUACUUUCUCGAUGUAAACCUGGAUGAUGGAGCAAACGACCCAUCCAGGGACAACUCGAGUCGCGAGGCGCCCUCGGCUUGGAAUCGGGCAGGACCUAGCUUGGAGCUUCACGCCGUUUGAAUGUUCGACCACGUCGGCCGUCCACAGGGCGUUCGGUCGCGCCGCACUCGCACUGAAAGAUGCCGCCCCACACACACGGCACGCAGCGGACAUACCUAUGCCGCAAUAUAGAUCAACUCAUAGUCGGAGCAUCCCGCUGCGUCCUUGUGGUCGAGAAAGAGCUGCCGCAGCUGGUCAAAGUAGUGGGUGUGGAGUUGGUCGACUUGGGCUUGCGUUGGGAUGGCCACUUUGGCCACGGGAAUCGGCGCCCCGACGGCGAUCGUGAGCGGCACGCGGUUCGGGAUCGGCAAGCCCGUCCAUCCAUGCGGGUAGUACGGGCAUGGGAAUGCAAACCGCUUGAUGAACCAUCGCUGCAGUUUGGGCCACCGCACGUUGUCCAGGAUCUCGCCUUCCUGGAAGCUCAGGACGGGCACCAGCGACACCCCGUGCUCGAGGGCUAAGCGCACAAACCCUUUGUGCCCCGUGAACACACGAACUUGGUUUUGCCGCGACCUGGACUCGACCAGCUCGGCUUGCCCCCCCGGGACAACAAACACGGACUGGUGGGUGUUCAACGUGUCGGAAAACGUUUGGCGAGUCACUUCCCGCGCGCCGAGGAUUUGAAUCACAUCUCGCAUGCCGGGGAAGUAGUGGACGACGCUCGCACUCAGCGGGCACGCAAAUACGCCGGGAAACAGCGCACGCCACUGAGACGUGAACUGGAGCCACAUCACGGUCAUCGGGAUGAUGCCGUGCGGGUGGAAGCCAAAGAUGUAUGUGUCGGUCGCGCUCAGCGGCGCCGUGCGUAGCAGGUUGAGGGAAAAGUACCUCGCGGUAGCGUCCAUCAGCGCGCUGCGUUUGUGUAGGAGGGACUUGUCCUGCCGACACCCCGUUUGAGCUGGCAUGCCCCGCAUCGUCACGACGUUGUAGAGGUACCACGGGACGGCAAACGCGGCGCUGGCAUGGGCUGCAGGGUGAUCGACAGCGUAGUGGACGAGCACGGACACGAGCGGGAUCGCGGAAAAGAGAAGUGGAAGGCACCAGUACAUGAAGGGAACGCUCGCCCCCGCCGACGUCUUCUUGAAGUAGACUUGGAGGAGGUGCGACAGCGGGAUGGACAUGAACGUUUGCAUGGCAACAUGCCCAACAAAGUACAGCCCAACGUCGAACCACGUGAACGAUGGCACAAACGUCCAUGGCAGCGCGUACGGCAAGAACGCGAUCGGCGGCAAAUUGAUCAUCAGCGUCGGAAACAUCAUGUCGAUGUUGCGCAUGGCCUGUUGGUGCAUCGCGUGCAGCAGCCGUCCGGACGAGGUAGGCGCCGGAGCAUACACGAAGACGCUGACCAUCAUGCCGACCUGGGACGCCACACUGAGCAUGCCCGCGACGCCCAUGAUUCCAACAAACACCUUGACCUCCACCACCAUCAACGACAGAAAGAACACUCCUUGCAGCACGACACUGAACGUAAAGCACAACCACGACACAAACUGGAUAGCCACAAACGUCACGCCACCUGAAAACGGCUGCCAGAACUUCCAGUUGCCUUCGGACGCGAGAAUGCCGCCCAGACCAUACGUGCUCGUGACGGCGGCAAUGCACAAGAGCAGCGAGCCGAGGGAUGCAUUGGUCGUGUACGCGCCGUCGACGCGUUCGGCACUGAGUGCAAGGAAGAAGGCCGCCACGACCGCCAACAGGUUCAUGUAGUUGUGCAGGAACAGCGGUGCUUUCGACGCCGAUCGAGGGCUGCGCAGCGCUGUCUGGAUCUGCUUUUCCAGGGCCAGUAGCGACGACACGAUGAAGAUCUCGGCCAUCAAGCCCAGGUACGCCACUGGCACAACUGUGCACAUUGCGUAGGCAUUCGCAACGCCCGAGCAAGACGUGUGGACGAGAAGGACCAGGCCAUAGCAGAGCCACCCCGCUGUUUGAUACGCCAUGAAUGUCUUGAGCUCGCCGAUGGCGAACCUGACCCACGCCGUGCUGGAAAUGAGUACGAUAAGGUUGGUGAUGGGGGCAGCAGCCAGCAUCGUCGACGUACAAUAGAGCUUCAUGUCAGAAAACAUGGGAUGCUUUGCAAUGUGUGAGCUGGACAUCGUUGCGAUCUCUGCGUAUACUAGGAGGACGAACGCGGCAAAGACGGCCACGACAAUUGCGAUGACGAGUGCGCGGACAAUGGAGCUUAUGGAGUCGUCCUUCAAGGCUCCCUUCGCGUGGCCUGUCAGGCUGCGGAACGUGCGGAGGCUGAGGUUUGCAUGGCCUUUGGCGGGCAUUGUGGACUGACGGAAGUACCAGAACCAGCGCGAUCGAACAAUUCCUCGUCGUCGUCUUCUCGUU